AUGGGUAAAGAGAAGAUCCAUAUCAACAUCGUCGUAAUCGGCCACGUAGACUCGGGCAAAUCAACGUCCACCGGCCACUUGAUCUACAAAUGCGGCGGCAUCGACAAACGUACGAUCGAAAAGUUCGAAAAGGAAGCCCAAGAAAUGGGCAAAGGUUCGUUCAAGUACGCCUGGGUCCUGGACAAACUUAAAGCCGAAAGAGAACGCGGUAUCACCAUCGACAUCGCCCUGUGGAAGUUCGAAACUGCUAAGUACUACGUCACCAUCAUUGACGCUCCCGGCCAUAGGGAUUUUAUCAAGAACAUGAUUACUGGUACUUCCCAGGCUGAUUGUGCUGUGUUGAUUGUUGCUGCCGGUACUGGAGAGUUUGAGGCUGGCAUUUCGAAAAAUGGACAGACUAGGGAGCAUGCUUUGUUGGCAUUCACUUUGGGCGUUAAACAACUAGUUGUCGGUGUUAACAAGAUGGACAACACCGAACCGCCCUACUCCGAAGCCCGUUUCGAAGAAAUCAAAAAAGAAGUUUCGUCCUACAUCAAGAAAAUCGGCUACAAUCCGGCCGCCGUGCCGUUCGUGCCGAUUUCCGGCUGGCACGGCGACAACAUGCUCGAACCCAGCGACAAGAUGCCCUGGUUCAAAGGAUGGGCGAUCGAACGUAAAGAAGGCAAAGCUGAGGGCAAGUGCCUCAUCGAAGCUCUCGACGCUAUUUUGCCGCCUUCCAGGCCCACCGAGAAGGCUUUACGUUUGCCUUUGCAGGACGUUUACAAGAUUGGAGGUAUUGGGACUGUGCCUGUUGGUCGUGUCGAAACUGGGAUUCUCAAGCCCGGAAUGGUGGUCACUUUUGCUCCAGUUGGGUUGACUACUGAAGUCAAGUCUGUGGAGAUGCAUCAUGAAGCUUUGCAGGAAGCCGUGCCUGGUGACAAUGUCGGUUUCAAUGUUAAGAAUGUGUCUGUCAAGGAAUUGCGUCGUGGAUUUGUGGCUGGUGAUUCUAAGAAUUCUCCUCCUAGAGGUGCUGCUGAUUUUAUUGCUCAGGUGAUUGUCUUGAAUCAUCCAGGCCAGAUCGCCAACGGCUACACCCCGGUACUGGACUGUCACACCGCUCAUAUCGCGUGCAAAUUUGCCGAAAUCAAGGAAAAGUGCGACCGUCGUACCGGAAAAACCACCGAAGAGAAUCCGAAAGCCAUCAAAUCGGGCGACGCCGCCAUCGUCAAUUUGGUGCCGUCCAAACCGAUGUGUGUCGAGUCUUUCCAGGAAUUCCCACCCCUGGGUCGUUUCGCUGUCCGCGACAUGCGUCAAACAGUCGCGGUGGGGGUGAUCAAGCAGGUGAACUUCAAAGACACCACCGGCAAAGUUACGAAGGCCGCCGAAAAGGCCCAGAAGAAGAAAUAA